AGAGGAAGGGGAGAGAAGGGAGAAAAAAAAAAAAAAAAAAAGUGACGAAAAACGACGAGAAAUCCAAAGAGAAAUAAAAAGGGAAAAAACCCUAGUUUUGAAAAUUUUAUGGAGGAAUUGCAGAAAGGUUGAUGGAGCGUUAGAUAUGAGAAACCAUGGCGAAACCCAACGAUGUUGUGAAGGAAGCAUGGGGGACUUGGGAGGAGCUGUUGUUGGCCUGCGCCGUUAACCGUCAUGGAACCAAUAGCUGGGACUCUGUGGCUAUGGAAAUACAGAACCGAAACACUUCCCUUCGUCUGUUAACGGCACAGAACUGUAAACAGAAGUAUCAUGAUCUUAAACGCCGGUUCAUGGCGAAGGACGAUAAAACUGUCGUCGGAGAAAACAAAUCUGAAACUCCCGACGAUAAGAAAGACGAGAUUCCGUGGCUCGAAGAGUUGAGAAAACUUCGAGUGGCAGAGCUUAGACGCGAGGUUCAACGGCAUGAUGUUUCGAUCGUGUCUCUGCAAUUGAAAGUUAAGAGAUUGAAGGAAGAGCGUGAGCAAAGCUUAAGGGAGAAGGAAAACGGCGAACAGAAACCAGAUCUGGAAACUGAUUUGGAUAGAAACAGAGUCAAAGAGGAGGACAAGGGGAGAGACGCAAAACCGGAGAAAUCCUCGUCGGAGAAAGUCGCCGAAGCACCAGUCCCCGGCGAAGAAUCCGACCGUGAAAACCAGUCGUUCAAUGAGUCUAAUUCAACUGAUCCGAAGGUUGAGAAUCGUGAGAACGGCGUCGAAGAAGAGAAGAAGGAAUCGGAACCGGUCGAACCUGUUCCGAGACGGCCGGAUCCGGUUUCCGGUGAUUCGAAACAUAUCGCCGAGGGGUCUUAUCACGGUAGUACGGAUACAAUAGCGAAAGAGUCGACGGCUCAGCCUGUCCGACAGUCGCGGGGAGAUAAUAAGGCGACGAAAGAAGCUGACUCACCCGAGUUGGGAGAAUCGGUAGCUGAGUCGAAAGGUGGCGGGGAAGAAGGCCACUCCCACAAGGAGAGUAGCGACGUACAAAGCUCGGCGAGUUUGUGUAGGAAGAAUCGCCGGAAAAAGGCAAUUUCAGGUAGUAGCAGCGGGGAAGAACGGGAAAACGAUGAGGUUUCUCCCGCCAUCAAAAGGAUCUCUGUUAAAUCACAACCGUUGAUGUCCGUCCUCGAGAUUAUCCGGUCUCACAAAUACGGCUCCGUAUUCGAAUGCCGGCUCGAAAGUCAGGAAACUUCCAAUUACAGAAACUUAAUCAGGCAGCAUGUGGAUCUCGAAGUGGUUCAAGCGAGAUUAGAAGAAGGCCGUUACAGCGGCUGUAGCCGGAAAUUCUUUCGGGAUUUGCUUCUUCUCUUUAACAACGCUAUUGUCUUCUUCCCCAAGAACUCUUCCGAAUGGAUCGCUGCUGUUGCGCUUAGGCAACUAGUUUCUAAGGAGCUGGCUAGAAAUCGGAAGGUGAGUCGAUCCAAAGAAGAAAAAGCAGCUCCUGUAACCCCUGUUCCACCUCCAGCACAAUCAAAACCGGAACCGGAACCUCUGGAGCUCGUGAAACCCAAGUCUUCUGGUCCGAUCAUCGCCUGCCGAAAGCGUAGUUCGAUCUCGACAAAGGCAUCGUCUGCUGUUGUAGAUAAAAAAGGAGAGCAGAGAGCUGUUGCAGCAGAGGCAGACGAGAAGCAAGUUUCCGACCGGAAGCGAUCCGAUUCGUCUGCCAAUGUGGUUGAGGAUCAGAACCUCACAAAGAAGAGGACGCGAGAGAGGUCAGCCUUGGGAGCCAGAAGCUCGAGAACACGCAGCAAGAGCCGCACCAAGACUACUAACACCAACAAGAAUCUGAACACCGGUUCAAGCCAAAACUCCACUCCUGGUCCGAAUUCUGGCUCGGCCAGUAAACGGUCGGCCCGUGACGAAGAACCGAAGACGGAGAGAAAGAGCAACAAUACAGCGGCAGUCGCCAAGAAACGAAGCGCAGCGAAUUUCUUGAAUAGGAUGAAACGGAAUUCUAACGGGACGCUACUGGAGUCGUUGAAGAACUCGGUGAACAAUUCUAACAAUGACAAAGAUGGUGGUGGUGGUGGUGAAGCGGGGGUGGGUCAGAAGAGAGGUGGAGGUAAGGGUGACGGGCGUAAGGACCAUGGUGGCCGGCAAAGCUCAGCUGGGAAACAAGCAGCGAAUCAGAGCAGUCCCGUGAAGAGGAGCGUCGGAAGACCACCAAAGAGAGCGACGGCUCCACCGCCUCUGCCUCCACCAGCCCCAUCGAAACGGACGAGAGAACUUGUACAUACAGAGGUGGUGGCUUCGAGGCAGUCGAGGAAACGAGCACGGAGGUGAAGGUGAUUUGAUGGAUAGCUUCUUCUGUAAAUUAUGUAGUGGUUUGGGGGGUUUAGUAUUUUGUAACAAUUUAUCAUUUUCUAUGGGUAUUCCCCCUCUCAAAUUACAUGAUACCCUUCUUU